AUGAAACAUUUCAUCGAAGUUUACAAUUCCUCAACACAUUCUACAACAGGACAUACACCAAAUUCAAUGACACAACAACAAGAAGAAAAGUAUAUACAAAAGAAACGAAGUCAAACACAAAAUAUCAGAAAUUCAACACAAUUUACUCUCAUUCCUGGAACAAAAGUUCGUGUAGUUCUUGACGACAAACCGUUGACAAAGAAACGUUUAAGGUUAAGUCGAAAUUAUUAUAUCGUAGACUCUACGCAAGGUAAUGGAUAUCUUAUAAAAGCUGCUGACGACUCCAUAGCAUUUUACCCUCGUCAUAAAUUAGUCGAAAGUAGUAAUGGCAAACUUGCUGAAACCAUUGACGAAGCAAAGCGAGGAGUGGUUAUUGAAAUACUUGACUACAACAUAAACGAUGACACUUAUAAAGUAAGAUAUGAAGGAGGCGUUGAAGAUGUUAUACCAUCUAAGAACUUGAGAGAAUCUAAACCAACACAUCUGGGACCAUUAGAGCGGGAGUACUGGAAAGAUAAAAACAUGCCAGAAAGAAUAAGAAAAUUCUUCUAA